AUGGAUCCAAUUCGCGAAAAACACAAGUGUCUCAUCAAUGGACUCACGCAACUCUUCACUCUAUUUGUCAAAGCCCAUUAUAUCGCCCCUAAUGAUGUCCUGUAUCCUCCCUACGACACUGAUGUUGGACGCCUCCAGAGACUUGGAUUUGAGCCCGAAGUGAUUGGUCUCGUCCAACACCUGCCAGCGAUUAGAAAUGAAGCAGUCUGGAGUUACAACGAUGAAGGAAUAGAAAUGAUUCCUCGUGCCAAGCUGGUUAAUUAUCUGAAACAGCGAGAGACAGCUAAUGCUAAUGACAUGUUGGAGACCCUUCGAUGGGUCGAUCACACGGAUAAGGAUGCGCAGGGACUCUUUCCUCCGUCCAUCCUUCGACUGACAUUCCCUGCUUUUUAUGGAGUAAAUGUGCUCUAUGACGCCCAUGACCAGACUAUAAUGGAAUGGUGUGACCUGAACCAAAAGGAAUGGCAGGACUGCCCCCGCCAAACAUGUGAAGAUUUCUUCUCAAAGGUCCUCAAGAAAUUCCGGGAUCUUGAAUACGUCCCGUAUUUUGAUCCGAAUGACGGAGCGAGAGUUCCAAAACGUAAAAUUAAGGAGAAUCCCAUUCUAUUCCAGAACAUUUUCCCCGGCGGAAUUCGGUAUCCCACUGAUCCCCAGGCUGCUGUUCAAUGCGAGGACAGGGAAGUCGGCCAGGAUAGCAUACGUGGUGAUCUUAAUGAGUGGAGGGCUCUACAGAAGCUCUACCGCGAUGCGGGCUGGGAGAACGAAUUCGACGGAGAGCUUUUCGACAAUAGAAGAAGGGAUUUGUUGCGUGUGAUGAAGGAUCUCCAGGGCCAAUCCAGCGGAUGGUACUCGAUUCCAGAGAAUAGGAAAACAGAGGAGAUGCGGAUCGCUGAGCGGGAGUUUCGUCAACGUCGGGAGGAGUUUUGGGCCGAGACUGCUGGAGACAAACAAAUUGCUUCUCGAACGUCAUCACUGGCCGUCGGCAACGGCGAUCUUGCUUCUCUUACAGAGGAUCAGCUACGCAAUGCAUUAAAAGAUCUUGACUCCAAUCAUGAGAUCAAUGACCCUGCUAUUUCCCGGUUGCUAUUCGUUAUGAAGACCAUUGCAAUAUGGGUUCCCGGGUCUUUCGCGCAAAAAUUGAGAAUGCGCUCUGAGAUCCGAGGCCUAAUUGUCCGCUUUCGAAUGCCUGCUUUUUGGCUCACUAUCAACCCUUCAGAUCUUCGGAGUCCACUUGUUCUGGUCCUUGCCGGCGUCGAGUAUUCUGAAGACAUCCUUUCUGCCUCAAACUCGGCUAUCCGUGCUGCCACCGCGACGUCGAACCCGGUGGCGGUUGCGACCUUCUUCCAUCACGUCUGUACCGCUGUUCUUGAUGGUCUGUUAGCCAGCGGCAAGAAUCACGGAGGGAUCCUCGGAGACGCCUCUAACCAUUAUCGGGUGGUCGAGACCAAUGGAAGAGGCAUGUUGCACUUGCACCCCAUGGUAUGGUAUGGCUACGGCGCAAUCUUUCUUUCGGUACUCUGCGGUCGCGUUCUCUCCGACCCCGAAUUUGCUGGCCGUAUGAUCCAUUACCUGGAAAAGGUUAUCAUCCAAAGCGUAGACGAGAGUAUUUUUACUGAUCCGGAAGUGAAUCUUCCAGCUACCGGUCCGUCGGCUUCCGAUCCAGAAUCAGACUACGAAUUCAACCUCAGACUGGCGCAUGAUAGCAAUCUCGUCGCUCGACCUAACAAUUGCACUCCAAGAACCACUUAG